AUGUAUCCCAAGACUAUUUUCGCUACCUUCGCUGCUGUCGCUUCUAUUUUCCCUGUCGCCUUGGGAGCUGGCACCGUUAUCAUCGAGAACCAAUGCGCUGAUGAUGUCUAUCUUUGGUCCACCGCCGAGAAGGCAUCGGAAAUGAAGACAUUCCGUAGUGGCGAGAAGUACACCGAACAGUACCGCUUGAACCAGAAUGGUGGUGGAAUCUCGAUCAAAAUGUCUCUUGACAAAAGCAUGAAGGAUAUAUCCCAAGUCGAGUACACCUUAGACGGGCAGAAAGUGUGGUACGACCUCUCCAAUAUCGACGGCUACCCCUUCAAAGAUGGUGGUGUCAGCAUCGCUCCAUCCGAUAGCAGCUGCCCCAAGGUUUAUUGUGCAGCAGGUGACGCCAAAUGCAAAGAAGCAUACAACAAGUCCGAUGACAACGAUGCCACCAAAGCCUGCGCAAGCACUGCUGACCUCCACGUCCAGCUCUGUGCUGAGAAGAAGGGCGCCAAACUCAAGCAGAAAAGCUUCAUUCCCCGCCACCCUCACGCCCGUCCGGAAUAG